AGAAGAAGGGGAGGGAGCGAUCUUAAGACAGCAAGGAGGAAGAGCUGUGGGGGAGCAGGUCCUUCCCCUGGGAGCCACACAGAGCGGAGGCACAGUCGCGGGUGCAGAAUGGUUGUUUUAUAACUGGGAUCCUCGGUGACGUAUGGCUGCCUGUUCCUUGGCAGCUGUCUUUAUGGACCAGUAGGCAGAGCGAAAUUGACGCUGACAAGACUUUUGCAUCUUGGAAGGGACUGUAAUCUACUGUAGUGAAGAACAGAGCCUUUCAAUCAGGCGGGUGUAAAUAAGAGACGGAGGGGAGUCCAAAGAAAAGGAAGAGGAGGAAAAAAAAGUGUGUGUUGGGGGGAGCAGGGAAAAGCAUUUUUGGUGGAUGGUAUGAAGCCAGCCAUGGAAACUGCAGCCGAGGAAAAUACUGAACAAAGCCAAGAGAGAAAAGUGAACAGCAGAGCUGAAAUGGAAAUUGGCAGGUACCACUGGAUGUACCCAGGCUCAAAGAACCACCAGUACCAUCCUGUGCCAACCAUGGGGGACAGGGCUAGCCCCUUGAGCAGUCCAGGCUGCUUCGAAUGCUGCAUCAAGUGUCUGGGAGGAGUCCCCUAUGCUUCCCUGGUGGCCACCAUCCUGUGCUUCUCUGGAGUCGCCUUGUUCUGCGGCUGCGGGCAUGUGGCUCUCGCUGGCACGGUGGCCAUUCUGGAGCAACACUUCUCCACCAACACCAGUGACCAUGCCUUGCUGAGUGAAGUGAUACAACUGAUGCAGUAUGUCAUCUAUGGAAUCGCAUCCUUUUUCUUCUUGUAUGGCAUCAUUCUGUUGGCAGAAGGCUUUUACACCACCAGUGCAGUGAAAGAACUACAUGGGGAGUUUAAAACCACCGCCUGUGGCCGAUGCAUCAGUGGAAUGUUUGUUUUCCUCACCUAUGUGCUUGGAGUGGCUUGGCUGGGCGUGUUUGGUUUCUCGGCAGUGCCUGUGUUUAUGUUCUAUAAUAUAUGGUCAACUUGUGAAGUCAUCAAGUCACCGCAGACCAACGGGACUGCGGGUGUGGAGCAGAUCUGCGUGGAUGUCCGGCAAUAUGGUAUCAUUCCUUGGAAUGCUUUCCCGGGAAAAAUAUGUGGCUCUGCCCUAGAGAACAUCUGCAACACAAAUGAGUUCUACAUGUCCUAUCACCUGUUCAUUGUGGCCUGUGCUGGAGCUGGCGCCACCGUCAUUGCCCUGAUCCACUUCCUCAUGAUACUGUCUUCUAACUGGGCUUACUUAAAGGAUGCGAGCAAAAUGCAGGCUUACCAGGAUAUCAAAGCAAAGGAAGAACAGGAACUGCAAGAUAUCCAGUCUCGGUCAAAAGAACAACUCAAUUCUUACACAUAAAAUGUUUGCCAGAGUGUUUCUGCCGACGAUUUUACAGCUCUGACAAAUCAUCAGCUGCUCUGCAGUACAGAUGUGUAUCCCACCAAACUAAUGUAGAUGUACCAACAUUUCACUGUCUGUCUCAAGCUACUGGGAUGUAUCUCUAGGAAAACCUUCCAGUGGGUAAAUCUUUCUUUAGGACAAAUAUUGGAGGUUUCAUGUCAGCCAUUUUAAAAGGCAACACUUUUGACAAACUGUUCAUCCUUUGAAAAUUUGUGGCAUGUAUGUACUUAUUGCUAGAGCAGUUCUAUCAAGACAGGCAAUGGGAAUACAUCAUACUCCUUGAUAGGGACCUAUGACAUGCCAGCAUCAAGGGAUGUGACCAUAAAUUCACAUAUGCUAUCUGCCCUCAAAAAAUAAAAUCUACAUAGGAAAUAAAAUGGAAUUGGUGUAAAGUUCCAGUUCUGACAGCUGACAUUUAUUUAACUUGGGCUCAAAGAUAAUGUGAUUCCUAUGACUGACUUUAAAAAACAAAUUAGCACCCCUCAAUUCCAGGACCCAUUGAUUUCCUCAGCUAAUGAGAAACCUAUUUUUCAAAAAUACUACAAAACGAGAGCUUACAACAAUUGUGCUGAACCUAACACAGAAGAAGCUGAAUUCUGACUUGGUGACAAGCUUUCCAGAAUCAGUUUUAUAAUAGAUUUCAUUUACACAAUGAUAAUGACAGUUUUCAUUCUUCUUGGGAAAUAAGCAUCAGCUCUGCCUUAAUGAGUAUUUACCUGAAAUUUCUAAGAAUUUAUAUAACCAGAGGCCCCAAACUCCUUCACAGAAUUUUGUUCCAUAAAUAUUUUUAAGAAGUGUUACCUUAUUAAAAUGACCACCAUUCUAAACCAUUUGUAAGUGGUCUGAAUGGUGAGUUUACAGUUUCAUAGCAACUAUCUAAAACCUAACUGCAAAUUGACCACAGACCUCUAACCUCCUACUUUUAUAGACUUGAAUACAUAAUUUAAGUUAGGGUUGGUAUUUAUUUCAUUUCAAUUCUUAUCUUGGUUUCCUGGAAUAAUGUUUAAUGUUCGGCAAGAAAACUGCUUGAGUUUAAGCCAUUUCAAAAGAAAUUUGCCUUCUAAGUCAUUGUGUUCCAGAACAUUAAGUGACUAUAGGUACUGGGUUUUAGUGAUGGUAAACUUUGUGUUGUUCUUUUUGAAAUGAUCCAUAUAGCUAUUGGGUGCAUCAGUGCUUUUCAAAGGGGCUGCAUACUAUAGGGUUAACUAUGUAUAUUCAUGUUAAGAGUUAACUUGUGAUUUGGCUGUUUCCUGGAUUUAAAAACAUACAUGUGCAGAAAUGUAUUCAAAUGAAAGGAAGCAUACCUUUAUCAAGAUGCUAUUAAAAUUGAACAUCAAGUAUAAUAUUUCAUUUGGAUUUUUUUUUUUUUGGUUCAUGCCUAAAAAUGCCUAUUUGGAUUUUUGUUUUUUAAAUUGGAAGAAGCUCUCUUCUGUGUAGAACAGUUCCAAAGUAGCUUAGUGUUUUGUUUUCCUGUUGCAUGACAGACUUAAAUAUUUUUUUUCCAGCAGUGAGGGUGCUGUUAGAGUCCAGUGUUUUAGAAGAGGCAGUGUCUAAAGCCUAAUUUUACUUUUCUAAUUCUGGUAGCUAUUACCAGGAAUUUUUGAAAGUUUUGUUGAAGUAGUCUAAUAUUUUUUAUGUAAAGAGCAUUAAAUUUUGCUAUGUAUAAAUUUUUGUAACCUAACAGUGAAUCAAUAUUUUCUAUCAGUGCCAAGGGCUUCCUGUAGUUCUAUUCAAGUGUUACAAUAAAUAUUUGUAGAUAAUAGUCAA